AUGAAUGAAAAUAAAAAACUUUCUCCUUAUAAUAGUUUUAUGAAAUUUAAUUUACCAAUUAUUAAAAAAAAUAAUACAGAUUUAGAUUAUAAAUCAGCAUUUAAGGUAGUAGCUUCAAUGUGGAAAGAUUCAAUUAAUAAUCCAAAAAAUGAUUUUUCAAAAUAUUU